AUGGUUGAUAUCACCAUUAACGGUGCUAUAGAGACUUGGAUUCAUGAGACUUCCUCUGACCCUACUCCUUCCAAUUACAUAGAGGCUUUCUCAACAAACCCACCAAUUGUCGAUAUUGCAAACUGGAAUUCACCGCGCUUGAAUCUCCUUUACAAGGCCUUAAAGCAGGGAGAAAUUCAUCUACCACUAUUACACAUAAAAGGGUACUGCUUCAAAUUCGCCGCGAAAUACAUCCAGUUGCCUCCAAUUGCUGUCCGAGCUUCUGGACUAGUUGUCGUAACUGUGGGUGCAGAAUUGCAAAGUUCCCCUCGUUUGAAUAGUUGUGAUGUCAAUGUCGGUGAGAAGAGAAAGAGGAACGAGAAUGGGGAAAGUUGCAAUGCUGGAAAUCGCGGUGUUGUUCAUAGCAAUACAAGAGGUACCAGUGAUGAAGGAGAUGCAGAAAGGGGACAAGAGUUGGUACAAUCAAAGAAUGCUGAAACUGCUAGUCCGAAGUUUAAUGAUUUCAAUAAGCUGAGGGAAGAUGCAAACUUUGAGGUUGGCCAGACCUGGGAUCUUUAUGAUACAAUGGAUGGGAUGCCUAGAUUGUAUGCUCAGAUUAGAAAAGUUUCAGCUCCUUGUUUCGGGCUUAGGAUCACAUAUCUAGAGCCCGAUCCAGAUGAUGAGAAAGAGAUCCAAUGGUUUGAAGAAGACUUGCCUGUUUCUGCUGGUAUAUUCAGGCUUGGGAAAAGUUAUAACAUCAAAGAUUGUUCGAUAUUCUCACAUGUUAUACAUUGCAAUGAAGGAAGCAACGCUGGUCAUUUCACUGUGUCCCCGAGAAAAGGCGAGACCUGGGCACUAUUCAAGAACUGGGAUAUUAACUGGUCUUCAGAGCCAGAUUCUCACCGCAAAUAUGAGUAUGAGUUUGUUGAGAUUUUGUCCGAUUACACUGAUGGAGCUGGUGUAUCUGUUUCAUUCUUGCAUAAAGCAAAAGGCUUUGCAAGUGUCUUUUUUCGAGUGGGAACAGAGGAUGCAGACAUAUCUCAAAUUCCUUCUCACAGUUUAUAUCGGUUCUCCCACAGGAUUCCUUCCUUCGAAAUGUCUGGAAAAGAAGGAAAAGGCUUGCCAAAAGAUGCAUACGAGCUGGACCAAGCUGCAUUACCUGAAACAAUCAAAGAGAUAACUGUCCCUUUGUAUCUAUUAGUAGAUCCUACCGCUUCAAAGUCAAAACCAGAAGUUCUUGACUUUCCUAGUAAGGGAAAGGUUUUUCAAACUGGCCAGAUCUGGUCAUUUUACAGUGGUAAUGAUAAGUUGCCUCUGUACUACUGUAUGAUUCAGAAGAUCACUCUAAUUCAGGCCUUUGAGCAGGAACCAGUGUUUAAACUACACGUAGGUCGGUUAAAGGCUACUCCUUUCCCUGAGAACAUCAUCCAGUGGGAGGACAAGAAAAUGCCUGUUGGUUGUGGAACUUUCUUGGUGAAGAAAAGUUUCGAAAUACUCACCGCAGAUGAUGUUUCACUUCAGAUAGUGCCUCAAACUAUCAUGGAUGGAAAUGAAUAUACCAUUCUUCCCGGGACUGGCGAAGUUUGGGCGAUUUACAGAUUCUAG